UCUGCAAUGAGAGUGCUCUAUAAUUUAUGCAGUAGCGGUGAAACGGAAAUAGUGCCGUCAACACCACAGGGCUUUUUGAUUUCACUUUCAUCAAUGGAAAGUUUGGUUUCUCUGAAAACAUAAAGAGUCCUGUUUGGAAGGCCGUCGUCUUCACCGUUGUGUCAAAAUUCGAUGAAAACUACGACUUAUACAGGAGCAACGACCUAUAAUUCGUUGCUGCGUUCUUGGAUCCGAGUAUCAAGAUUGACUAUUUCAUCUAGCUUUAGAGUGAGGAAGAUGGCGGGGAGCAUUUUCGGAGCGUGGAAGAAUAUGUCAAAAAUGACCUCAAACAAUGCCAACCCAAGACACAUUCGUGUUCUCAUACUUUACCUUAGCCUGUGAACACCAAACGCGUUGUCAAGUUCUCAAGACCAAUAUUGCGUCUUAGGCAACCACGAGAGAGGGUCUUUAAAGUUCUGGAAGAAAGGGAGAAUUAUAAGGCUGAUACCAAGUUAUCCUCAUACUUCUUAUAGAUGUUUUGAAAUUGUGGUAUUUCCGACGUCUGGUCAACCCUCAUUUGAUUCCGCUGGCUAUAUCCAUGAUAUAAACGGAGUUUAGCACUUGCGGCAUUGAACGUACGAUCUCUAUCAGUAAAAAAUUAAUGAGAAGCGACCGCAGAAGUCUUGGAAGCGCUAAUGCCAGAAGAAUUCUGAUCUUGAGAGACAGCUUUCUCAAUUUUGGCAUUUACGGCAAGGGUCUCCUGCUAUGAGGACCAAGCGAAACUGAUGAAUCCAUUAAUAAAAUCUCCGAUGAAGACCCAUUUGAGAAC